AUGGGGAAGCCACACCUCUCGGGCCUAGCCCAAGAGCUGAUCGAUGGGAUUGUCGACUGCUUCUCCGAAAGACGACAAGACCUCCUUAACCUCUGCACGGUGGAUAAAAAGCUCCGCGCCUCUGCUCAACGGCAGCUGUAUCGUCGAAUCAACCUGGGACUAUUCGAUUCGACUGGACUUGCUUUGCUCAUCCGAACCGUCAUCGAGAACCAGGAACUGCGCGUUCUCAUCCGCGAGCUAACCAUCCGACCGGCCGGAACAGAACCCGACGCACGGAUGACUGCGGCCAAAUGUUACGAGGCAUGGCCUCAAUCGCAAUUCAACACGUCCGAAGUUUCUGAUGCUGAUUUGGCCCUUGUACGUGACUGCCAGAUGAGAUGCAGGUCAUUCGCGGCCUACAACCUUACGACGAUGCUGGGCCUUCUGUUCUACUUCCUUCCUUGUCUCAAGCACCUGGACCUCCAUCAAAUCGAUAUUUCGGGCCCUUGGGAUGGCAUGUCGAACGUAAUCUCGCAUGCAGUAGAACACGGCCCUAUCGAGUAUCGAUUCUUGCCGGCUUUGAAGACUCUGAGUCUCUAUGGACAUUACGACGUGGCAGCGGGGAAAGGAUACUCUGCCAGAGGCAGUCCUCCAUCUCCUGUGUACCACCUUCUCACGCUUGCUGAUCCGGACGUGCUGCACCUCAAUUUCGAAGGAAAUGGCUAUCGGGUGCUGAAUCUGUUGGGAAAACAUCAGAUGCUGUCUACGAGAACGAUCAUAGUCGACGACCUGGGACGGGCCACGGGCCAGGCGUUGCUGAGAUUCCUCCACCAGUGCCCACGAGUCACGCACUUGACAGUGAAACUGCGCCCUCCGUACCAUUGGGAGCACGACAAAUGGGUGGAGAAAGGCGGCGAAGUCACAAAAUACCGCCUCGACUCGACACUCACGGAGCACUGCCCCCACCUCGAGGAGUUCGUUCUGCAGGUCAACGGAAAGAACAUCUUUUUUGGCGAGGACAUGGUCGGCAAGCGCCUCCUCAACCGCCUCCCUAAGCUGCAGAAGUUGAAGAAGCUGCACGUACAGAUGGAGAGCUUCUUCGCGGACCCGUUAGAGAUGAACCGGAGCGGGCUAUCUUUCGCACGCGCGUUACCGACGGAGCUGGAGGACAUCUUCCUGAACGCAACGACCGUCUCCCACGGCUGGGGCCGCGCGCUCUUCCGUAAUGACCCAACCCGCGCCCUGUACCGUCAAGGCCUCAAAAAUGUCCUCACCAGCCUCUCAAAGGCCCAUAGCGCCCGGAGAAUGCAUUUCAAGACGGUCAUUGUCGUCGCUGAGCGCGUGAACCACGCCGAUAUGCAGCGGGAGCUCAACAGAGACCUCUGGGCGGGAACAUCGGUCCGGUUUUUCAUGGCGAACCCCCAACUGGGCGCACUUCUUUGGGAGAAGGGUGUGACGAGCGAAUGGUUGGAGGAACAGCAGAUUCUCGUUCGAUAA